AUGAAUCUCCAUGACGUGUGUUCCUCUGACGACUCAGAGGAAACGACAAAGCACUUCGACUUGAUUCUUAACAAGGGCCUUUCACGUACGACGAAAGCUCCAAAAGCGGAAAAUCAACUAUCCAUACGACAGAGUGGAUGGCUGGAGUCCACAGCUGAAAUUACUCCCCAGCCAGAAGAUCCUAAGGGGUCUUUGCUGCCUCCAGUUCCCGCUACUGAAGAAAUGCUGGUGGUGACGCCCUUCUUGGCGAAACACAUUGCCGACCAUAAUAAUAUCCCAUCUGACAAUUUCCACAAGUAUUGCUACAGACAUAACCCAGAGAUCAUGUGUAAUAAACAAGCCGAUGCAGCAAAAAUGAAGAACAUCCAACAAGAGCUUGAAAAGCUACCUUCCAGAGAUCAGGAAGCCAUCUCGCAUGUGUGGUCGAUUUUCUCCGCUGCUCCACACUCCCAUAGAAGCUUGAUCCUUCGGGGUUUGCUUACACAGUGCUGUUUCCCUCAGCUUUCCACUAUUUCCCAAGAGAUCAGCCAGCUUAUUCGUAUUGAUUUUAUUGCUACCCUUCCUGUGGAGAUCUCCUUGAAAAUUCUAUGCUACUUGGACUGCAAGUCUUUAUGUAAUGCAGCACAGGUUUCGAGAAAGUGGAAGGAACUCGCUGACGAUGAUCGUGUCUGGCAUCACAUGUGUGAACAGCAUAUCGAUAGAAAGUGUCCUAACUGUGGCUGGGGUCUUCCUCUCAUGCACAUGAAGAGAGCUCGUGAAUACAACAACGAUGAUGAGAGUCCAGGUGGUGAAAAACGCAGAAAAACAGAAUGUAAAAAGAGACCUUGGAAAUCGGUUUACAGUGAAAGAUACCAGUUGGAGAAGAAUUGGAGAAACGGAAGUUAUGUGCUCAAAACUUUCCAGGGCCAUAAAGAUGGUAUCACUUGUCUUCAGUUCAACAGAAAAUAUCUUAUAUCAGGUUCCUAUGAUGCUACUAUCAAAGUGUGGAAUGUUGAUACUGGCGAAUGCAUAAGGACAUUGACGGGCCACUCUAAGGGUGUCCGUGCCUUGGCUUUCGACUCUCAGAAAUUGUUUACCGGUGGAUUAGACUCUACUGUUAAAGUGUGGAACUACCACUCUGGAAAUUGCAUCGCUACGUAUAGAGGCCAUGAAGACGCCGUGUCGAGUGUGGACUUUUCUGGCAAAACUAUUGUCUCGGGAUCUGCCGAUUGCACUGUUAAGGUUUGGCAUGUUGACUCCAGAACCUGCUUUACGUUACGUGGACAUAGCGAUUGUGUGAACUGCGUCAAGAUUCACGAGCCAUCGAAUACUGUCUUCAGUGCUUCUGAUGACACUACGGUGAAGAUGUGGGAUUUGAGAAACAACCAAUGCCUUCGAGUAUUUGGAGGUAUAGAGAAUAACGGGCAUGUUGGCCAAGUCGAGACAGUAAUUCCUUUCAAAUAUGUCAGUGGUGACUUGAUUGAAGACGAAAAUGAAAGCGACUCGGAUAACACUGGCAAUCAUUUGCGUCAUCAGCAGCAUCAAUACGAACAACAAACACACCACCAAAGUCAACACGGGUCAUCGUCUCUGCCAAGUCUGGCUCCUGAACCUUUGCCGGAACUUGCAGAGGGACAGGAUUACCCAACACAUCUUUUGACCUCAUCCUUAGACAACACCAUUAAGUUGUGGGAUGUGAAGACUGGAAAAUGCGUAAGAACUCAGUUUGGCCAUAUUGAAGGAGUCUGGUCUAUCAGCGCAGACACUUUCAGAAUUGUCAGUGGAGCUCACGACAGGUUGGUUAAAGUUUGGGAUCUACAAGACGGUAAGUGCUUACACACUUUCGGUAACAAUGCCAGCGUGAGCUGCGUCGGUUUGUCGAGUAAUAACUUUGUGGCGGGCCUCGAGAACGGAAUGAUCAAGAUGUAUAAUUUCACUAGUUGA